AUGAUCAUGGGAGGUGUGAGAGAAUUACUGCUCUUUGUGAUGACUGUGGGGGUUGUCAAAGUUUCUUGUUACCCUGUUGGAAAGUCCCAGAAGCAAGAGCAAGUCUCUCUGCAGAGCAGACUUGGAGAGCUGUCAUCAAAUGACGUCUCCAUUGUGCAUGCCCUGGCCUUGCUCCGAUCCAUAGGGUCUGACGCUAAACAAGACAGAGAAGAGUAUUUAGAGACUAAUGAAGUAGAAUCCCAAGCUUCUCCAAACCUUGGUAGCUCUAUGGCAAAUGAUGCCCUGUCCUCUGACGACGCUACCUCUGAAGCUGCCACUGGCCCGUCUGACGACGCUACCUCUGAAGCAGCCACUGGCCCGUCUGACGACGCUACCUCUGAAGCAGCCACUGGCCCGUCUGACGACGCUACCUCUGAAGCAGCCACUGGCCCGUCUGACGACGCUACCUCUGAAGCUGCCACUGGCCCGUCUGACGACGCUGCCACUGGCCCGUCUGCCGCUGCCACUGGCCCGUCUGACGACGCUACCUCUGAAGCUGCCACUGGCCCGUCUGACGACGCUACCUCUGAAGCUGCCACUGGCCCGUCUGACGACGCUAGCGCUGAAGCUGCCACUGGCCCGUCUGACGACGCUAGCGCUGAAGCUGCCACUGGCCCGUCUGACGACGCUACCUCUGAAGCUGCCACUGGCCCGUCUGACGACGCUACCUCUGAAGCUGCCACUGGCCCGUCUGACGACGCUACCUCUGAAGCUGGCCCGUCUGACGACGCUACCUCUGAAGCUGCCGCUGGCCACUCUAUGGCAAAUGAUGCCCUGUCCUCUGACGACGCUACCUCUGAAGCUGCCACUGGCCCGUCUGACGACGCUACCUCUGAAGCAGCCACUGGCCCGUCUGACGACGCUACCUCUGAAGCAGCCACUGGCCCGUCUGACGACGCUACCUCUGAAGCAGCCACUGGCCCGUCUGACGACGCUACCUCUGAAGCUGCCACUGGCCCGUCUGACGACGCUGCCACUGGCCCGUCUGCCGCUGCCACUGGCCCGUCUGACGACGCUACCUCUGAAGCUGCCACUGGCCCGUCUGACGACGCUACCUCUGAAGCUGCCACUGGCCCGUCUGACGACGCUAGCGCUGAAGCUGCCACUGGCCCGUCUGACGACGCUACCUCUGAAGCUGCCACUGGCCCGUCUGACGACGCUACCUCUGAAGCUGCCACUGGCCCGUCUGACGACGCUACCUCUGAAGCUGGCCCGUCUGACGACGCUACCUCUGAAGCUGCCGCUGGCCACUCUAUGGCAAAUGAUGCCCUGUCCUCUGACGACGCUACCUCUGAAGCUGCCACUGGCCCGUCUGACGACGCUACCUCUGAAGCAGCCACUGGCCCGUCUGACGACGCUACCUCUGAAGCAGCCACUGGCCCGUCUGACGACGCUACCUCUGAAGCAGCCACUGGCCCGUCUGACGACGCUACCUCUGAAGCUGCCACUGGCCCGUCUGACGACGCUGCCACUGGCCCGUCUGCCGCUGCCACUGGCCCGUCUGACGACGCUACCUCUGAAGCUGCCACUGGCCCGUCUGACGACGCUACCUCUGAAGCUGCCACUGGCCCGUCUGACGACGCUAGCGCUGAAGCUGCCACUGGCCCGUCUGACGACGCUACCUCUGAAGCUGCCACUGGCCCGUCUGACGACGCUACCUCUGAAGCUGCCACUGGCCCGUCUGACGACGCUACCUCUGAAGCUGGCCCGUCUGACGACGCUACCUCUGAAGCUGCCGCUGGCCAGUCUGACCAUGCCAUUGAGGAACUGUUCACUUCUGCUUCUGAGCCCCCGUUGACCACAAACAUGGAUAUCUGA